CCGGCUCUCAUUCAUGAGAGGAAGAUGGCGGACUGCGCUUCACUAUUAGAUGAGGAACUCUCUUCCUUUGUCUUCAAUUACUUGACAGAAAACUCUGACAGUCAGUAUGGGGAGGAGGAGGUGUGUUCGGACCGGUUGGACUCAGACUUCCCAGAUAUCGAUCUGUCCCAGCUGGACGCCAGUGACUUUGACAGCGUCAACUGUCUCAGCGAGCUGCACUGGUGCAACGACCACGCCACCGGAGCGUCACCGGCCUCCGCACGGUACAGCACGACCGACGAGCUCUUUGAGAUAGAAGAGGAGAACGCGGCCCUGCUCGCCGCGUUGACGGACAGCCUGGAUGGCAUGGUGGAUGCUGAGGUGGGGGGGCUCUCUGUCUUCCAAACCCUGGGGGAGGGGCCUAACCAGGGGGAGGAAGACGACGAUGCCGUCCUUCCUCUCAACACCGGGGACUUCAGCCAAUCGCUUGGAACGGAGACGGAAGACCCCUCGCUGUUGAAGAAGCUGUUGCUGACCCCCCCUAACGUGCCUACCGGCGCCGACACACACAGCGCCAACGGGCAUCGCCACGGCAACAGAGGCCUCCACCCGCGGACGACGCGGAUCCAAGUCAAGAGCGAGGCGGGCGCGAGGCUCCAGGACAGGAAGCCGCGUGCCGCGCGGCCCUCGGGCCGUCUGUGCACGGAGCUCCACCGCCACCUGACCACCGGCCGCGGCCACGCCGCCGACAGCGAGGAGGACGAAGGGGACGAGGAGGAGGACGAGGAGGAGGACGAGGAGGAGGAGGAGAGCGAGUCCGAGGAGGGCGAGGAGGACGAGUCGUCGGGGAGCGACGGCGAGGGCGUGGCCGCAGCCCCCCCCCCCGCCGCGCCCCCCGAGGCCCAGUUCAGCUCGGAGAAGGAGCUCCACUCGGUGGUGGAGCUCAUACGCUACAUGCACACCUACUGCCUGCCCGCGCGCAAGCAGCACGCCUGGGACCGCAAGGAGCGCGAGGCCCCGGCGCCGGCGCCAGCGCGCAGCCGGGGCCCGAGGCCCGAGGCCCCGCGGGCCCCCGCGCAGAACGCUCACAGCAGAGCGGCGGCAGUGGGAACCCCCGCCGCCGCCGCGGGAGGAGGGGGAGGGGGAGGGGGAGGGGGUGGGGCAGGACCCCCCGCCCCCCGCAGACCGGCCUUCUCCCGGCGCCGGGAGCCGAAGGCGGACUCCCUCCUGCGGGCCAUCCUGGAGCGCAGCGCCUCCUUCGACGUGAGCCAGCCUUACAGACUGCACAGCCCCCCCUACGCCCCCGGGCCGGCCGCCGCCCCCGCCCACCAGCACAGCUCCUCCUCCUCCUCCCCGCUCAGCCGGACCGGCCCCGCCCCCUCCUCUCCGGAGGGGCGGCGGCGGCCGGAGGAGGAAGAGGAGGAGGAGGAGGAGGAGGAGGGCGGGUCGUUCUCGGUGCGGCGCUCCCGCCGCCUCGCCUCCUUCCCGAGCCGCUUCGCCAAGAGGCUGCGGCCCGGGCACCGCCGCCGGCCCUGGGGCGAGGAGCAGGACGAGAGGAGGGCCCGCGUCAAGGGGGGGGGAGGAGCCGGGGCCAGGGCGGAGAGGCCCCGAGAGGGACACGGGGGUCUGACGGCGGCCAGGAAGACCUGCUGUCACCAUGAGAAUCAGGCGUGUCUGUGUCUACCGCUGCAACCUAAAGCCACUGGAGAGUUCAGCAGUAAGUCCUUUGAGCAGACGCUCGCGGUGGAUCUAUGCGGUACUGCAGGCCUGACUCCGCCCACCACCCCCCCUCACAAGCCGGUGGAGGACGAGCUCUUCAAGCCCGCGGAGGGAGUCGGGGGCAGCGGGGGGGACUCCCCCACCACCUCCACCUCCUCCACCACCUCCACCACCACCUCCGGGCCCGGGGCCCCCACCCGGGGCCCCUCCUCCUGGCUCCCGCGGGGCCCGCACGCCCGGAAGCUCCCCGAGCAGACGGAGCUCUACGCCCAGCUGAGGCGCGAGGGCCCCGACGGCGAGGGCCCCGGGGAGGCCGAGGGGGGCGUGGCCGGGGUCCGCCGUCCCUACGGCGACCACGACUACUGCGCCCUGACUCUGGGGGAGAGCCGCAAGCGCAGCGCCGCCCUGCUGGGCGCCAUACUGCGGGCGCGGGACGGACCACAGCGGGUGGGGGGGGAGGAGGAGGAGGAGGACGAGGAGGAGGUGGGGGGAGGAGGAGGAGGAGGAGGAGGAGGAGGAAGGGCAUCAGGGAAACUUCAGGAAGAGCAGCAGCAGACGGCGGUGAUGUCCCACCGCCAGACGCACGCGGCCACGCCGCCGGCGUCUGAGGAAGAGGAGGGCGAGCGCUCAUCUUCCUCCCGCUCGCCCUCCCCCGCGAUGGACUCCGCCCCCGGCUCCCCCGCAAGCAAGAUGGACGCCAGUGAGGUGAUGGAAGGCUGUCCUGCAGACAGACAGAGGAACAAAGCCAAACCAGACGAGGACAACUGCCAGGUGUUCUACAUCCACAACCUGCCCAGCAGCGUCACGCACAGCAUGCUGCGCAAACGCUUCCAGGUCUUCGGCUCCGCACAGGACUGCAAGGUCAUCAUCCGCAACGAAGAGCGUUGUGGGGUGAUUAAGAUUCGCCAGGGAAGCUCGGAGAGACAACGGAGAGAGGGGGAGGCUGCUUUCCAGAGCCGAGCCAACGGUCUGCCGAGACUUAGCAGGAAGCGCUACAUCGACCUGGACGAAGCUGGCCCGGGCCCCGUGAAGAGCAAGUACGACGCUCUGGACUUUGACACCCUCCUAAAGGAGGCGCAGAAGUCUUUGCACCGCUGACGGGCCUCCCGACCUCUGACCCCCCCCCAGACCGAUCCCCUCCUCACGGCUGGCCUUAGUGACCCCCGACCCCUCCAGCCCUGCUGCCUCGACACCGGGCCCGCACGCUCCUCCGUCGAAGGCACCCUCGCAAAAGUUGUUUACAUUUUUAACAUUGGAAUAAAAAGACGAGAGAGACCUAGUUUAGAACUUUUCUUUACUUUCCCGCCGGAGGACAGCGUUUAAAAAUACGAACGUCAGAAGCCAUGGAGAAUUAAGGAGCAAAAAUGAUACGAUGGAAGAGGUUUGAUUUUUGAGAAAAAAAAGCAAUGGUACAACUUCUACUGCUACUACUACUAAACUACUACUACUACUACUACUACUACUGCAACAACGGCAGACACUUUUUUUCCUGUCGUUGUGCGACGGUCGACGACAAAGCUGCUUCCUGUUGUCUGUGUUGGUGACUUCAUCACCCCGCGCCAAAGAAGGUUGGCGGGGCGAGAACCUUUGUGUGGCGUAAAUACCUUGCUAUUCCCGCGUCGCGUCUUGUUGGUCACGUUGGUCUUCGUGGUUUGUGUGCGUGUGUGUGUCCUCGCGUGUGUUUUAUUUUUUUCGUAAAAAACACACUCUCUGGUCACGCCUGGUGAGACCGCGAGCUGUGUUUUGCCUCAAAGUAGUGACGUUGUGGAGAAAAAAACAACUUUGUUUUAGCAAAAGGAAAAAAAUUAUCGAUGUUUUCAAAAAUUUAAACGAAAAAGAUUUAUAACUGUGUGUGUGUGUGUGCGUGUGUGUGUGUUACGGACAAUGAAAAUUCUGAAAUCAACAAAAAAAACAUUUGACUUUAAACGGUUUACACAUCGAAAACGAAGAAGAAAAAAAAUCAUCUUUUUUUAUUUUUUGUAACUGUAGUGCUUCCUUGAUUUGAUCUAUGCACUGUACGGAGGUAGAAGUUUCUGCUGUCCUCUGACGAACCCUUUCCUUCUUGUCUGCAAACGCAACCCUCAAAAUGGCUUCUUCUACUGGCUCUGGUAUCAGGUUGCAUACAGCGGACUCUACUAGGUGCAUGCGGUGUGCACAGAAGGCCCCGAAGUUUUGUCAAAUAGCACUUACUUUACCAAGGUCUGUAAAUAGUUAGACCGUCGAUGUCAAACAUGUUAAGACGUUUUUUUUUUUUUCUUUAUUGUAUUUGCCAAACUGCCAUUCCCUUUCAAUGCUGUCAAAAAUAUCCCCCAAACACAUCUGUCACUUACAAUCAGAAUACAUUGAAUACUAAAGGACUUCUAUAGAAAUUAUAAAUAUAUAUAUUAAUAUAUUAAUUAAUCAGUAUACUAUAACAAUGUCUAUUUCCCUCACCUGAUGGCUGUUCUUUGAUGCACUUUUUGGUUUUGGUAGAGUCUGACGUACACACACACACCUGAUACCGCCAGUAGACGUUG